AUGGCGAAAAUUCGAGAAUUGACCCCUGAAUUGGCUGAAAUCGCCAAAAAAGAAUUGAAUGAAAACCCAAAACGAACCGCAAACGACAUUCAGCAUCUCAAAGAUUGGCUCGCUAAAGAACCACAUCUAAGGGCUAGAACAGAUGAUCAAUGGCUUGUAGCUUUACUACGAGGAUGUAAGUUUAGCUUGGAAAGAGUCAAAGAGAAGUUAGAUUUGUAUUACACACUUCGGACAACUGCAGCCGAUGUGACACUUCGGCGUAAGCCAACGGAGCCGGAAUUUCUGGAAUUCCUAAGACUCGGAACAUGUCUUAUUUUGCCAAAGUCAAGCAAACUUCACCCUCGCGCUAUUUUGAUCCGUGCUGGGAGAUUUGACAUAAACAAAUACGAUGUUACGGAUAUUAUGUGUAUCUUAUAUUACUUGGUUCAGAUAUUGGUAAUGGAAGAUGAUGCUGCGUCAAUAGUGGGUACUAUAAUAGUAGUGGACUAUGAGGGGUGUACCAUGUCUCAUCUGACUCUAGUAAAUCCUAGUAUUCUCCGGAAACUCGUAGCCGUCAGCCAAGAUUCACUUCCACUUCGUCUUAAAGGGAGCCACCAUCUUAAUGUUCCGUCUGGCGUUGAAGUUAUUUUCAAACUCAUAUCAGGAUUCUUAAACAACAAAGCGAAGGAAAGGCUAAAAAUACACAAAACAUAUGAAGAAUUACACGGGGUGUUACCAAAGGAAGUUAUUCCAGUUGAAUAUGGUGGAAGCGGAGGAACAGUAGCAGAUAUAACUAAAUACUGGGAAAAUAAAGUAAUUGAAUACAAGGAUUGGAUGAGAGACGAAAUGAAGUUCGGAACUGAUGAGUCACUUCGGCUCGGAAAACCACAGGGUGUUGACAUUUCCAAUACAGGAUCCUUCAGAGCCCUUGAAAUCGAUUAA